GGAAAGUUUCGGAUUUUUCAAAGUCCUGUCGUCUCCACCUUGCGGUAUAACUUUUACAUUAGAAGAAGUGUAGAAGGACCUGGAUUAAGAAAGCGUUUUUUUUGAAUUGGCUCCGGGGGAUUUAUUUUUCUUCGAAACAUGCCCAUCCCGCAAAUUCGAUAUCUAUAGCUCCGAGCACGGCACCUGACGCCUCGCGGCUACGUGUAGGAAACGAGUUUAUAGGAUGGAGCUUCGGUUUUUUAUAUUGCUGAGUCCAGCAGCUUUGCUGCGUGCAAGUGAAGAUGUUGUAGUUUUGUCGGACACAAGCGAAGCGCAGCUACCGCCGUACUCGCCCCGGUCUCCGUGGUGCUGGUCCGGCUGGAUAGAGCGGUUACCCGACACGGAAUUUGUUUUCGGGGACUUGUGCGCGCAGCAGCUCUCCGUCCAUCAAGAUCACUUGGAGCCGGAAAACCAAUUUUUCAUCAUCGAGGCCGCAAAAAAGAUGACUGCGGCGAGCAAGGAGCAGGCCCUGGCCAUGAUGGCCACGCUUUCAGCGGAAGCGCACAGCAAAUCGACUAUCGACGGGGAGCGCUGCCUCGAGGGACUGCACUACGUGACUCAGGUGGAACAAGCGUGGCAAAACCGCCGGUCGGAUCCGCGCUGGAGUACUCCAGACCUAGAAUGGAAGUGCCGCAUGCUGUGUGACCUACAUCCGCGGUGUGCAGUGUACUCGUUUACCUCUGCGACUGCCGUGUGUGCGCUCAAAACCCGUGACGCGCUCGAAGGACCCCUGAUAACAGCUGAAGACUCUGUUGCGAACAGGCGGAUCAUCAAAGUGUGUGCGGCGCGUGGUUGUUCAGCGGACGUUGCGCUGCGGCUGCAUGCUCCCGAGCUUUCCAUCAGUCCGCAAGAGCGUGCGUGGCGCGUGUGCUCGGAUUGGCUGGAAAACUACUGUGAGUCAGAAAGUAAUCUAGAGCGAUGUGCAGCGGUCGCUGCCUUCGAUAGACACGCAGCUGCCUCUACCACCAGUGGGAACGGAAUUGCUGCGGAUGACUCACACGACACGAAAAAUGCUUGCUGUGUUGCGAAGGAGGAAGUCGAGUCCCUUCUCCUCGUCGGGCACGACAACAAGCAGAACACCUUUUGCUCCGGCGAUCAUUUUGCCAAUCUUUUUGACUUCUCCAACCCCGAAACACGCAGAAGCUGUCAACUGGCUGGAGAUGAUGGAGGAGGAUCUGCUUCUUCGGACGAGGGUCUAGCGACUUGCUGUGCGCCGACCGCUGAGAUCAUGAGCACACUUACGCCGAUGUCGACGGAUCCCGUAACUGCAAGUAACGAGAAGUGCACUCUGGAUAUGUGCCGUAGUCCCUCGGUGUUUGACCAACACAACGCCGCUGUUUUUGACUGUUGGGCGGGUACACUCGGCGAAAGCUCGUUCCCAUGUGGAGGUCGCAACACGGUGGCGCAGAAGACCGGAAAAAUCGCGCAGCUGAACUCAGAAAUUUAUUUCCAAUACACCUGCUGCGCACAGGAGCGCGCAGUGGCCCCAGGUGCUUCUUUCGCGAGAAAGGCUGCUGUUCCAGAGCAGGCCGCGCUGGUCAACAAUCGACCCUCACCGCCGGAAGAAGGUGAUGCCCCGGUACAACCGCCGCCGCCGGACCAGGAGGGCCUUGAGUCAGAAGCCUCUUUCGCCCCGAUCGACCACCCAUUUGGCGGUGCUGCACCAGCUGGAAGUUCCGAUGAGCCAGCCAAAGUGGAAAUUGCGGGAUAUGGCGUUCUCAAGUGUUACAUUCUCAACUGUUAAGUACAUGAUUUGUCAUGCAAAAUUCCAAUCAGAAUCGACACGAGCAAGCUGCUUCGCAUGACAAGUUCCCGAAGGGACAAACAGGAUGAGAAUCUGCGCCAAAUCUGUCAUGCAAGAGGCGCAAUCUUCCCCCUGUCAGUUUGCCAUUUUUGCAUCGCAAACUUAUGUAACAGUUGAGAAUGAAACAGUUGAGAACGCCAUACGGGACAGUGUGUGCUCCAGAACGCGGAAAUCCGGUAUGCGAAGACACAAGGGCUGACGCUGCUGCAGCGGACGGUGGGCGCAGUGUUGCCGUCGUAUCAACCUUGCGGAGGACUACAACAGGUCGGCGAACAACAUCCACCGGUAGUACAACUACCUAAAUGGCCCCUGUCAGCGGGGCAGUGUGCGAGCGCGUGUUUUUACUUCGAGAAGGACAUCAACCUAAUCGAACAAAACAGCGGUGGCUCUACUUCAAGGGUACCACUGCGGCAAGAACUCGGUACUAAAGGUUCCCGUAGUUCCGAUCUGAUUUCCUGUGAUUACUACGUUUUUCGCGAAAAUGGGUCUCAGUGCAGUCUUUACGGAAAGUUGGUCGACAAGAACUCUACCGCCUUCACCACUCUGGAUGCAGCUGCGGCACUCGUCGGCAGUGCGGACGACGUGCUCGCAACGAAGGUCGCAGAAGCCGUCACUGUCGGAAAAAAGUGCAGGCAGCACGCGGAUUGGCCGAGGGUGCAAGAAGAUUUGAAUGAGGUUCGAACGCGAUGGAAAUGCCAAAUGAACGAACCGUAAAAGUGAUGUGCACGCAACUUGACCUUCCGUAGUUCCCGGCAAGAGUAUGUGAAACAGGAGUAUG